ACCUUCAGGCGUAAUGUUCGACACCGUCUGCACCAUCCCGCUCUCGCACGACCUUUUCGCCCAAGCAAUUCACCCUACAGAGCCAAUUGUCUCUGUUGGACUUGCCUCAGGGCACGUCUACACGUACCGACUGCCCGCAGGCGCGAGCGACGACAACAGCGAUCCCGACGCGACGCUCGCCUCAGAAAAUGGAUUCGGCCACAUAGAGACGGCGUGGAAGACUAGGCGGCACAAGGGGAGCUGUAGAACCCUUGGAUUUGAUGUUGAUGGCACGCAAUUGUACUCAGCGGGCACAGAUGGUAUCGUGAAAGCUGCCGACGUCGGAACCGGCAACGUUACUGCGAAAAUCGCCAUCCCACGCGAUCCCGCUUCGGGUUCCCUUGACCACCCCUCGCUCCUCCAUGCCCUCUCACCACAGUCGCUACUUCUCGCCACUGAUUCGGGCGCCCUACACCUAUACGACAUCCGCGACCUUGGGCCAAAAGCUUCACCAAAGCCUCACCAGACUUUUCAUCCUCACGACGACUAUAUUUCCUCCCUAACGCCCCUUCCUCCGACAGCGGCGAGCACUAGCGGGUUCAGCAAGCAAUGGGUCAGCACCGGAGGCAGCACGCUGGCAGUCACAGAUCUUCGACGAGGCGUUAUGGUGAGAAGUGAGGAUCAAGAGGAGGAGCUGCUGAGCUCGGUCAUUAUGACUGGUUUACCCUCGCGGGGAACGAGCGUUGGCGAGAAAGUCCUCGUCGGAGGCGGCACGGGUGUUCUCACUCUAUGGGAGCGUGGGGUAUGGGAUGACCAAGAUGCGCGCAUUGUGGUAGAUCGAUCUCAAGGAGGUGGAGAGAGCUUGGACAGCAUCGCUUUGGUCCCAGAUGGUGUUGGACCUUCAGGCAGAUUGGUUGCUGUCGGCCUAGGCAAUGGAGGGUUACGAUUCAUAAAGAUUGGCCCGAACAAGGUUGUCGCAGAACUGAAGCACGAUGAGUUCCAGGCCGAAGCUGUUGUUGGGCUGGGGUUUGAUGUCACUGGCCGAAUGAUCAGCGGAGGUGGCAAAAUGGUAAAAGUGUGGCAUGAAAAGGUCUGGGUCGACAUAGACGACGACGAGGAGGAGACAAAUGGACCGAAACGCGCCCAUGAAAGCGACUCGGACGAUAAUAGUAACGAGGGGGAACAAGAAGACAGCAGCGAAGAGGAGAAGUCUAGCAAGAAGCGAAAGAGGCGCAAGAAGAACAAGGGAAAGACAUUACAGGGAAACGGCAUUUUAGGCUUCUCGGGCUUGGAUUGAGUGCUUUGGC